AUGGUGUAUUUGGGUUUAUCAGUCUUGGGGCUGCUGGCUUCGGUCGCAGGUGCCACACUCCAGAUUGUAUCUGGUGCGACAUGGACUGCUACGAACACUGGUCAGCACAUACAAGCCCAUGGUGGUGGAAUGAUCAAAGUUGGUGAGAAGUGGUACUGGGUUGGUGAAGACAAAACAAACGGCACAGCAUUCAUAAACGUAAACUGCUACUCUUCAUCUAACCUUGUAGAAUGGAGCUACGAAGGGGCGCUUCUUUCACGCACCACAUCCGGGGACACAGGUCCAAAUCGUGUCAUCGAGCGCCCAAAAGUCGUGUACAACAAGAAGACAAACAAGUAUGUCCUGUGGAUGCACAUCGAUAGUGCAAACUACGGCGAGGCGAAAAUUGGCGUUGCGACGGGCGAUACAGUCUGUGGUAAAUACACAUAUCUAAAGAGUGAGAGGCCUUUGGGGUUUGAAAGUAGGGAUUCUGGGGUCUAUGUGGAUGAUGAUGGAAAGGGGUAUCUACUUACCGAAGACCGUCGCAAUGGCCUUCGCAUCAACCUUCUCUCCGACGACUAUCUUACCAUCCAAAAGAACGUAUACACGUGGAAAGAAAAAUACGAAGCCCCCGCGAUUGCCAAGAAGAGCGGGGUGUACUUCAUGUUCGCCUCUCAACUGUCUGGCUGGGACCCGAACGACAACUAUUAUAGCACCGCCACUUCGCUUUCCGGUCCAUGGUCUGGUUGGAAGAAAUUCGCCGACUCCGGCUCAAAGACAUACGGUUCUCAAACAACAUUCAUCGUACCUGUGGGUGAUCAGUUCAUGUACAUGGGUGAUCGAUGGCAGAGUUCAAACUUAAUGCGGAGUACUUAUGUCUGGCUGCCGCUGAAGAUUGAUGAAACCGGUGCUAGCAUGAAGAAUAGUGUGAAUUGGGUCCUCGAUGUAGGAUCUGGGUCCAUGACCGCCGGUCCGUCGGAGAAUCAGUACGAAGGCGAGUCAGCUACCCUCUCUAAUGGCGCGAAACCAGUGUCCUGCUCGGGUUGCUCAGGUGGCAACGCAGCAGGCUAUGUUGGUGGCUCAUCUUCUGGAGCUAUGCUGUUCAAGGAUGCGCAGAGCUCAGCAACAACUCGGACUACGUUGAGAAUUAAACAUUUGAAUGGAGAUAAUACUCAAAGGUAUGCGGAUGUUAGUGUGAACGGAAAGUCACAGAGGGUGGCUUUCUUGCCGCACGGGGGUGGUGAUCCAGCUAGUUCGGUUGUACAUGUGGAUUUGAAAGAGGGUACAAAUGAGGUCAAGAUCUCAACAUCGGGUGGUUGGGGGCCGGAUGUGGAUCGGCUGGCAGUGCCGCAGUCGUAA